AGACACUAGCCAGCGUCCAGGCUCCGCGGCGCUCGACCCGUUGAAGUGCGAGGACGCCCAGGACGCAUCGCCUACUCGCCCAGCAUGCCGUUGUGGCCCUCGGCGCACCGAGCUCCUGCGUGGAAAACCGGCCGGCGGCGCGCCGCGGCAGCGUUCAGGGCAGCCCCAGGCUGAAGGCCGUGCUCAGCGUGUUCUGGGCUAUUUUUCACGCGGGCAACUCUCAUUUCCGGGCCAACAGGGGCGGCGCUGCACGUUGCGAGCAGCCCGGGGUGCGCGGGGUGGCUAGGGGCGGCGCGCGCGCACAACGCCAGAAUCGUGGCUAGGCUAGGCUGCUACUAUCAAGUAGUGGUUGCGGCGCAUGCACGAGGUGCAGAGGCCGGCGGCGAUCUUCUCGCGCUCGCACCCGUUCAUCGAUCUGUCGCAGCGCGGCGGGGUGGCGACGAGAAUUGAAAAUGACUCAUUUCAUGCCCGUGGGGUCCCCCUCACCGCUGCGAGCGCCGUCCCGAUGCGUAGCGGACGGCACUACGCGGCCUUCACGAUCUUACGUCACCGUGUACGUGUGCACUUCGGCUUGAUCCGGCCAGGCUACGAUGUCGAGAACCGAGGGUACUCGUACGAUGUCGACGGCCACUGCUUCUACUCCGCGCGCGAUGGGCUGCGCUACCCCGGCGCCAAAGCGCCGGAGACCUGUCCUGACUUCGUUGAGCGGAGAGACUACUACGGCGGCCAUCCCUGGCCAGGGAAUCCCCUGCCAGGGCAGGGCUGGCCCGGGAGCCAGGACGCGAGGCGGGGCGACGCCAUCGGCCUGCUGCUCGACCUCGACACCGGCACCCUAACCGUCUUCAAGAACGGCGAGCGGCUGGGCGUGAUGGCGACGGGCCUAGAAGAGGAGUACUGCUGGGCGGUCUCGCUGGGCGACGAGGGCGACAGCGUCCGCAUCGAGCCAGCGUCGCGAUUCCCGUUGCCCGUUGCCCCGACGGCGGCACAGGUUGCGGCGGCGGUCGCGUUCGAAGCGGAGCAGGAGGCUUUAUGGGUGGCGCGGCAUUUUGAUCUCCGUUACCGUAGAGCCUGAGCAAGUUACUGCUUCGAUAAAGCUCGUUCGUAGGCUUAAGAACAACGUGAGUUACAA